AUGACUACGGCUGUCGAGUGCAUGACAUCGAUCACUCUCACACAACCCGCCGUCAUGGAUCCCUCAGCCGACAAGAAGCGCAACAAGCUGGGAUAUCAUCGUACCUCAGUCGCAUGCGUCCACUGCCGCCGGCGCAAAAUCCGGUGUCUUGUCGCUGCAGACGACCCCCAAGGCCGAUGCGAAAACUGCAUUCGCCUGCGCAAAGAGUGCCAGUUCUUCCCUGUCGACCAACAACCACCCAUCGAGAAGAAGUCGCGUCCCAACUCCCGGAUCGAGACGAUCUCGAAUGACCCGUCGACGGCGUCGUCUUCGCCCCCAACGAUGGGCGAGCAGACGGACGCGUACUACCAUUACCAACAUAUGCCCUUGAGCGCCGGGCCAGAAGUCGCGACCUUCAACGCCGCACACUACCCGAGUCCAAUUGCUCCAUUUGCGCCAAGUGGGUAUCCGCCUCAGCUUGAGUCGAGAUCGCGACUGACGAGGUAUGGUGCAGGUGUAGAUGCAGCAGCGCCGAACCCGAUGGACCCCUCCACCGUUCCCUGGGACGAGUUCACGACUAUCCCCCCAGACCAGCAGAUGCUAGCAAAUAUGGCUGCAGCAGGGAAGCCUAUGGUCAACGUCAACAUGCCUCAUCAUCCUCACGUCUGGAGCCAACCCGCAACCCCCAUCGCCGCGAUGCCGCCGAACGCCCAGCUCCCCGGCGCACCAACCGUCCCCUCGCAACAACAACCGCUCAGUCCGUCAUCGCCAUACGCCGUACAACCAGACGGCUCGGUCUGGCAAAUGGCCCCGACCCCGACCCGAUCCAUGACGUUCCCCGCGCAGCAGAAUAUGCCCGCGCAGUACCCUAGUCCCGGUGGCUUCGCACAGCCCAUGCCUCCCGACCUUAAGCGACGAGUCACGAGCCCCGGGCAAGGCUACCCUAUACACCCGCAGAGUCCGCCCGCUGAUAUGCAGGGCACGCCGGUCCCGGUUACGUACGCCGCGCAGCCAGCAGCAAUGGGAUACCCCAACUGGCAGGAGGUCAGUGGGUUGCCGAACGUGAACAUGGUCCCAUAUCCAAUCUACACGGACGCACAGCAAGCCGCGUAUGGAAGUCCGCCGAUGGGGCCUCCCGGUUCAGCUCACGGCCAUCAAUAA